UAUGUGGUCCUAACAAACAUUACGUUCAGUCCUGGACAGAUACUGCAACAACCCACAUCACUGGCGUGUAGCUACACACUUUUCGCUGCGAAGAAGUAAGUGGAUAAAACACGGAAUAUAACGAUAACGAACUACCGAACUAGAAGAAGUUGAACCGACCGACAUACGAAGAACGCAAAAAGGAAGCAUUUCCCUCCGUGUUGCAAAACUGUGGCUUGUUGGACAAAGUCUUGUUCUCGACUCUGUGCAUGUUGAAAUCGGAGGAGUGCAUUGGUACGGUGAUUCGGUCGGACACCGUCUAGUUUCCAAGCAGAGCGGCCGCAGCGGCAAGGCAACACCGGAGGCAUGAUUUUGAGAAGGGGCUCGGUUGUUGGCGUUGCUGAUUUUUGCUUACAUGCCUUGUUGUUGUGCCUUUGUGCAAAGGUGGCCGAGGGAACCGGUCAGUUCGAGUUGGAGAUCUUAUCGAUGAACAACCGGAACGGCGAGCUUCUUAGCGGGCUGUGUUGUGACGGCUCGCGGAUCACCGGGGAUCGGAAAUGCAGGAUGGAUGAGUGUGAUACGUAUUUUAAAGUGUGUUUGAAGGAAUACCAGUCGCGGGUUUCGGCUGCGGGACCUUGCAGCUUCGGGUCCGGUUCUACCCCUGUCCUUGGAGGGAAUACAUUUUCUUUGAAGAACUCGGCGAAGAACGAAAGAUCCAAGAUUGUUUUGCAGUUCAGUUUCGCCUGGCCGAGGUCCUACACAGUGAUAGUGGAAGCCUUGGACGCUAACAAUGACACCAGCGGUGGUGAUGGUCAGGUGAUUGAGAAGGCGUCCCACAGUGGGAUGAUCAACCCCAGCCAUCAGUGGCAGAAGCUCAGCCACAACGGUCCUAUUGGUCAGUUUGACUAUCAGAUCCGGGUCAGCUGUGACGAGCACUACUACGGCUUCGGAUGCAACAAGUUCUGCCGACCCCGAGACGAGUUCUUCGGACACUACACCUGCGACUACAACGGGAACAAGACCUGUCUGGAGGGCUGGUCUGGACUAGAAUGUAACACACCUAUUUGUCGGCAGGGCUGCAGUACAGAACAUGGACACUGCAAAGAGCCAGGUGACUGCAAGUGUCUGUAUGGCUGGCAGGGGCAGUACUGUGACCAGUGUAAUCCUCACCCUGGCUGUGUCCAUGGAACCUGUGUUGAACCAUGGCAGUGUCUAUGCGAUACCAACUGGGGAGGACAUCUCUGUGACAAAGAUCUGAACUUCUGUGGGACCAAACAGCCCUGUCUGAACGGAGGAACCUGCAGCAACACGGGACCUGACAAAUACCAGUGUUCCUGUGUUGAGGGCUACUCUGGAGUCAACUGUGAGAGGGCAGAGCAUGCAUGUCUGUCUGAUCCCUGCUCUAAUGGAGGGAGCUGUGUUGAGACCAGUCUGGGUUAUGAGUGUGUCUGUUCCCCGGGCUGGAGUGGACCCUCCUGUAGCCUCAAUGUUGAUGAGUGCUCUCCUAACCCCUGUAACCACGGUGGGACCUGUCAGGAUCUGGUUCAUGCUUAUAAGUGUCUCUGUCCUCCUCAGUGGACCGGCAAGACCUGCCUCAUCGACGCCAACGAAUGCGACAGCAAGCCCUGUGUCAACGCCAACUCUUGCCGCAACCUGAUUGGUGGAUACUUCUGCGAGUGCGUUCCUGGUUGGACGGGACAGAAAUGUGACAUCAAUAUCAAUGACUGCAAGGACCAAUGCCAGCACGGAGGAACCUGCAGGGACUUGGUGAACGGGUUCCGCUGUGUGUGUCCUGCGGGUUACUCUGGAGACCACUGUGAGAGAGAUGUGGAUGAAUGUGCCGGCGCUCCCUGUUUGAACGGCGGGCGAUGCCAAGACCAGGUCAACGGAUUCACCUGCCUCUGUCUGCCAGGAUUCUCGGGACAACUCUGUCAGUUGGACAUAGACUACUGCCUCGUCAACCCAUGUCAGAAUGGAGCCGCAUGUUACAACCUGGCUACAGGUCACUACUGCGCCUGUUCAGACGACUACGAAGGAAAAAACUGCUCUCACCUCAAAGACCACUGUCACACCAGCACGUGCAAAGUGAUUGACAGCUGCACGGUUGCCGUGGGAUCCAACAGUACCCCUGGAGGGGAGCGGUACAUCUCCUCCAACGUGUGUGGUCCUCACGGACGCUGUCGGAGCCAGGCUGGAGGACAGUUCAGCUGUGACUGUCAGGAGGGCUUCAGAGGCACAUACUGUCACGAGAAUAUUAAUGAUUGUGAGAGCAACCCGUGUGGUAACGGAGGAACCUGUAUAGAUAAAGUCAGUGUGUACCAGUGUAUCUGUGGAGACGGCUGGGAGGGGGAUCACUGCGAGACCAAUAUAGAUGACUGCAGCACUAGUCCAUGUCAUAAUGGAGGAACAUGUCGAGACCUGGUGACUGAUUUCUUCUGUGAGUGUAUGAACGGCUGGAAGGGGAAGACCUGCCACUCCCGUGAGAGCCAGUGUGAUGAGGCUACCUGUAACAACGGAGGGACAUGCCAUGACGAGGGAGACACCUUCCAGUGCAAGUGUUCCCCUGGAUGGGAGGGGGCUACCUGUAAUAUAGCUAAGAAUAGCAGCUGUCUUCCUAACCCCUGUGAGUACGGGGGAACCUGCGUGACCAGCGGGGACUCCUUCACCUGCGUCUGCAAGGAGGGCUGGGAGGGAGACACCUGUAAACAGAAUACCAAUGACUGCAAUCCACACCCAUGUUAUAACAGUGGGACCUGUGUAGAUGGUGAUAACUGGUAUCGAUGUGAAUGUGCUCCAGGCUUCGCUGGGCCAGACUGCAGGAUCAAUAUCAACGAGUGCCAGUCUUCUCCCUGUAUCUUUGGUUCCAGCUGUAUUGAUGAGAUUAAUGGCUACCGCUGCCUGUGUCCCCAAGACAGAGCUGGGCCACGCUGUCAGGAAGUGACACAGAGGCCGUGUUCGGUCAACGGUCGUCUGACCGCUGAAGGAGCUAAGUGGGAUGAGGACUGCAACACCUGUCAGUGUUUUAAUGGGAAGGUGGUGUGUACCAGGAUGUGGUGUGGUCCUAAGUCGUGCCGGGUCAGCAGUGGGGUCAAAGGUCGAGGCAGCGGAGGAGGCGGGGCCGGGUGUCGGUCUGGUCAGAGCUGUGUACCAAUCAGGGAGGAGCAGUGUUUUGUCCGACCGUGUCUGAAUCUUGGGGAGUGCCUCCCCUCCUCCCCACCAACCACCAAAUGUCACCCCAGCUCCGUUUACCACGACAACAGCUGUUCCAACAUCACGUUCACGUUCACCAAGGAGACCAUGCCCAGGGGUCUGAGUAUCGAGGCAGUGUGUAAGCAGCUGAGACAACUCUAUGUGCUGAAUAAUGUGUCCUCUGAGUAUUCUGUUUCCGUAACCUGUGACCCUUCAACCUCCGCCAGCAACGAGAUCCAUCUCAGCAUCUACACAGAGGCCCACCCGAUGGACAGAUCCCCUAUAAAGGAGAUAACAGAUAGGCUCGCCGAUCUGGUGUCUAAACACCAUGGCAACAACAGCAUCAUCAGCGCCAUCGCCAAGGUCCGUGUGCAGCGGAGGCCUAGUGCCAGCCAGACGGACUACCUAGUACCCUUGCUGUCCUCUGUCUUCAUUCUCCUCUGGAUCCUGGCGUUGGUCUCGGUCUUCCUCUACUGCGUGCGUCGCCGUCGGAAACGUGGCAGUCACCAUGGCAACGGAGCCUUGUCGUCCGCGGCAACCGACGACAACACAACCAACAACGUGCGUGAGCAGCUCAACCAGAUCAAGAACCCGAUCAACGAGAAACACGCCGGAGGCGGCGGCCAUCUUACAACAUCGGUGGCCAUCAAGGACUACGAGGAUAAGAACUCGAUCAUCGCCAAGGUACGGACACACCACCCCCCGGAGGGGGAGGAGGACAACGAUAAAGAGAGACACAUGGGGAACAAAGGACGCUUUGCGGUUCCAGCCAAACAACCCGCCUACACACUGGUGGAGCGGGAAGACUGGGGCCUCAAUGGAGGCCUGGGGGCCAACGGGCCCAACGAAGGGGACGGCAGGACCCCGGUGCAGCCCAGCUCCAAACACUGGACUAAUAAACAGGACAACAGAGCCCUGGAGACGGCACACAGCAUGAACAGGAUGGACUACAUCGUAUAGCAGGAAGUGACAUUGGAGGCAGGAAAUAAACGCUGUGUAAAGAAUUCCCCUUCCUGGACUUUAUGGUCACCCCGGCAACGUGGUCCUUCUGACACGUUCUGUGGACAGUGUUGCCGUGCAACCAAACCCUUUGAUCAUGCUGAAGAGGACCAGGUGGAUGUUCUGGGAUUUGUAGUUUUGUAGUUCCUAAACUGUUAGGUCAUUAUUCUGUGACUACAAGGUUGUUUUAUUUUGGAUAUAAUGAGUGGUACGUCAGAUGUAGUACCCUGUUCUCUAUUUAGUGCACUGCUUUUGACCAGAGCCCUAUGGGCCAAGUGUACAUUGUAGGGAGUAGGUUGCUGUUUUAGCUGUUACUCCUGAUCAUUUAAUGCUAGCUGGCUACACUGGCAGAGCAGGUUGCUUUGGUUGGCAGGAUAAGAGGGUGUUGUGUUUUCACAUUUCAACGCGACACCUAAUUCCCUAAAUGACGCACUACUUUUGAGCAGAGCCCUUAUGGGCCCUGGUCUAAAGUAGUGCACUAUGUAGGGAAUAGGGGGCUAUUUCAGACACGCAUUGGUUUAAUGUAUUUCUCUCUCUCUAGUAGGUAUAAACUAGUUUUGUUUUGCCUUUUCAGUUUCAUUGCAAUGUCAUGAAAUUAAACCAAAAAUAAAUACAACUUUAGAAUGAUUUAUUUGGGCGGGUGGGGUCGAUGUCAGCAGUUGCAAUAUGAAGAAUUUGUGUCUGUUUAGAAUGUGUAGAUAUGUACAUUUAUUUUUUAUUAAUCAUUGUGUAUAUUUGAUUUAUUAACUUAAAUAAUAAUCAAGAGCCUUAAGAUAUCAUUCCUUUUUAUUUAUAUGUUCUGUCUCUAGAUGUAAGGUUUUUACAGCUUAGUUUCUUUUUUUGAUAGUGAACAUGUUUUUUAUUUUACAAAAUGCCCCCCAAAAAAAUGCUUCUUUUUUUUUUGCCUGAAAUAUUUGUUGUUGUUAUUGUUGUUUUGUUUAUGAUUCUACAGCAUCCAUUGUUGAUUCUAUGACUCUACAGUUUAUGAUUCUACCAUUGUUGCUUAGACUUUGCAGACUAGAGGGGAAGAAGAAAUAAAAACAAAAUACAAAAUAAAUGGUUGCUUUUGGGUUGUAAAACGAUUCAGAGAUUGAGUGUAGUGGCAGACAUUUUCCUUGUGACUACUAUUUGAACAAAAAUCCUUUAGCAGCAUCUUAAGUCACUCAUAAUCACAUACUCAGAAAACAAGUAUAUCUGCCAAUCACGCAUAAAGUCAUAGCUAGACCCAGGACUUGUCCCACAUGGCACCCUAUUCCCUAUAGGCCCUGGUCAAAAGUAGUGCACUAUAAAGUGAAUAGGGUGCCAUUUGGGAUGUAACCAAAUCAUACUUGAAUGGUAGAGGGUCAACAGUCCCGGAUCGGUUUGCGCUAUCAAAUCCAUUGCAUGCAUGAUUUGGCAAGAUGGCACAAACCGAACAGGGCCUGUAAUUCAUACAUUCUUUCAGAAUAAGAGAGAGCUGAUCUAGGAUCAGGUCCUGCCUGUUCAUAUAAAUUGUAUUCAUUAUCCGAAAAGGCCAAACUGAUCCUUAUACCAGCACUAUGAAUUGUGGGCCCUGGGACUCUUGAGGGGUUAUAUACUACGAAGCAACAUCAAUUCGUUAGCUAAAUUUAUAAUAAAUAGACCACCCGAUGUAACUUUUAUGUUAGUGUCCAUAUUCUGUCAACUUCCACCCAGAUAAUGUUGUCAAGUAUAUCUUGUCCCACAUGGCACCCUAUUCCCUAUGGGCCCUGGUCAAAAGUAGUGCACUAUAAAGUGAAUAGGGUGCCAUUUGGGAGAGAACAAACACCUACAUUUUUUUUUUUUUAAGCUUCCAGUUUCCUUAUUGGCUGCGGUCGACUCACAUGAAUAUAUUUUAUGUCCGUUAUAUGCCCACACCAUUAAAACACGGAAAAACUGCUUAACAUACUUUAUUUUUUUAGGAAGGAAAAAUGUCACUCAAUUGUAAUUAAUUAUACGUGAUAUUUCAUAAAUCUAGAAACGGUGGACAAUGAGGAAAUAUAAAACUUGUGUUUUUAGUUGUGUUGACCCAAUUGGACAAUGUUCAAGUUGAUUUUUCAAGUAAGUUAUUUACAAAUAUUUAGUCAAUUUAGCUCAAACAUUGACCCUGCUUGGUUGUGUGCUGCCGGAAGCCUUCGUUAGUUUCUGUUUCAACUAUAAAGACGGACAUGUUUUCUCUUUCUGAGAUCAUGGCAACAUUCAUUUCCUGUCCUUUUUCAUUCAUUUCCUUUUUCCACCUUUGUGUUAUGAGGAUGUAUUAUGUGUUGAUGUUGCAAUUCUGGCAAUAUUUUGAAAGUCAAUAUUUAUUAAAUAUUUUUUAUGAAAAGAGAAAUUAAAAACUGUCACCGUUCUGGA